AUGGCUAGCAGCUCGCAAAGAUCCUCCCGAAAGCCAGGCAUGAGGGACGAGAGAGCCAGAGAGCCUCUCCUGAAGAUGCUCAAUGCCAGUGAAUCCCUUCCAACCAACCAAACGCGGGUUCAGCGUGAGUUCCUCCUCCCCGACGAGGCCAAGGAUUUGCCUGGCUUCAGUCGGCAAGUCUACCACCAGCUGGCGGUGAAGCAGCCACCCUGCACAGAAAUCAAGUUCAAGGUGCGUAACCAUGCACUCUACCCUUGGAAAGAUACAGGCCAGCACACCUGGGGGUUUCACACAUGGCUGGAAGUCAGCCGUUUGCCUGCCACCUUCCCAGAGAGGCCCAAUGUAUCCUAUGACAGCAACGUCUGGCGCUGGCUGACCCACUCCAAAGCUCACAGCCUCCCCACAGCAGAGCCUCCCAUCCCCCCACCCUCCUGGAUGGGCCCACACACCUUCCUGACCUUCAUCAGGGCCACCCCCAUCUUCUUGGACUUAAAGCGGAAGAACCAGGUGAUGGCAAGAACAGUGAAAGAGCUGAAAGAGAUGGAGAAACUCAAGCUGAGGAGUGAACUUAGGGCUCCUCCACUGGACAUCAGUGGCAACAUCCUACCCCCUCCACACUUCAAGAAGUCACAGCACAUAUCUGCUGGUGGAAGGCUUGAGCACCUCCAGCUUCUUCCCAAUCCACUUCACAAUACUUUCACCAAGAACUGGCCCUGCCCAAAUCCUGUGCCUCAUUACCAGGAGAAGGUACUGAAACUGGCCAGGCUGCCCAGUAUACCCCUGAGCAAAGACCUUGUGAAGGACUACCAAGUCCUGAUAAAGGAUCAAAUCGCCUUGCCUCUCUACUACCAGUCCAAGGUCCAACGUGAACAGAGGAAGAGGAAGCGACGACCUGGAUGUAUCUAG